CGGACGUGCGGGUGCCCGCGGCCGUUUGUGGGCGGGGAGCAGGGUCGGAGUCGGACCCGUCGUGAGGAUGAAGCAGACGGUGGCGGUGCCGGCCUUCCUCACCAAGCUGUGGGCCCUGGUCGAGGAUCCUGACACCAACGAGUUCAUCUGCUGGAACCAGAAUGGCCACGGCUUCCUGGUCCUGGACGAGCAGCGCUUCUCCAAGGAAAUCCUACCCAUGUACUUCAAGCACAAUAACAUGGCCAGUUUCGUCCGGCAGCUCAAUAUGUAUGGCUUUCGUAAAGUGCUGCAUGUCGAUGGAGGUAUAGUCAAACAGGAACGUGACGGACCUGUAGAGUUUCAACAUCCAUUUUUCAAGCAAGGGCAAGAUGACUUAUUGGAAAACAUAAAACGAAAGGUAUCAUCAAUUAAACCGGAUGAAGCUAAACUUCAACAGGAGGGCUUGAAUGCUAUUUUAUCCAGUGUUCAAGAAAUACAAGCAAAGCAAGAAAGCCUUGACUCAAGAUUGACUUCCUUGAAAUGGGAAAAUGAAACUCUGUGGAGAGAGAUUGGUGAUCUUAGACAGAAGCAUGCACAGCAACAGCAAGUAAUCAGACAGAUUAUUAAAUUUAUCGUUAGUUUGGUGCAGAAUAACCAAAUUGUAACUUUGAAGCGGAAGAGGCCAAUAAUGAUUAAUACCUCUGGACCUUCUAAGCCAAAAUACUUUCAUCACAUAGUCAAAGAACCUGAUGAUGCGACUCAUGUUCCUGUGCAUGGACCAAAUGGUGUAAAGCAGUGUGUUAGAAACUUAGAUGAUAUUGUCAUUUGUGACAUCACAGACAGGCCAACAGAAGAAUCUGAAAAGGAUGAAGCAUCUGUAUUUGCUACUAAUGAAGUUACAGAACAGGAUGAUUCUUCACAUAAAGUAGUAAAUACUAAAAAUCAGGAAUCACUUCCAUCAUCUGAGAUAAUGGAUGUAUGCAGUACUGACCAAGUAAUGAACACUAUGAUAAACGACAAUGUUGAAAUAACAAAUACCGAAUCAUCAAUAAGUUCUGAAGAUCCCAUAUCUAUGAUGGACUCCAUUUUGAAAGACAAUGCAGUUAUUUCACAGAACAUAAAUCUUCUUGGCAAGGUAGAACUUAUGGAUUAUUUGGACAGUAUUGACUGUAGUUUAGAAGAUUUCCAGGCUACGUUAUCAGGAAAACAAUUCAAUGUGGAUCCAGAUAUUCUGUCAGAUGUAUCAGGAACGAAAGAAAGUCUUAAUGGAACAGAAUCCAAAGUGGAUGAAAGCAAGUCUUCUAAUACUGGUAAGCAGUUGAUGCAGUAUAAUAUGUAUCCUGUACUAGCUUUUCUGGAUGGAACUACCUCAGCUAUAUCAGAAAAGGAACACAUUGCUCCAAGCAAUAAAUAUUCAAUUGAUGACAAUCACCUGGAGAAAAGUGAGCUAGUAGAAGGAGAAAAUCAGAAGAAAAAGACAAGUCAACUUUUUAAAUUAGAGCCUCUCACGGAAGAAGAAGCAAAAGAAGAAACAUUGUUUUACUUAUGUGAACUGACACCGUCAAGUACAUUAGAUGGUGAAAAUUCUUUACUGGACAGUUAGCCAAUAAGUUAAAGGUUUGUAUUGGUACAUCUAGCAAAUAACUAACUUAAAACUUGAAAUGUUUAAUUUAUACUGUAAGAUUGAUUUGUGUAGUUCAGGUCCUAUAUUGAAAUUCUUGUAAAUAUGUUGCUCUCUUUUUGCUAAUAUAUGCAGAGUACUUUGUUCCACUAUAUUCUUAAUAACUCCAUCAGAAAUCAGCUCUAUGUUCAAGUGACUUUAGUACUAUUGCUGUGGCAUUACUGAGCAUUGUUUUAUUUUUGUUACUGAUGGCAACAAUGUAAGAAAUUGGAAAAUCAAUACCUUUGAACUUGUGUAAAUUUUCUUUUUACCCAAAAUCAAUUUGGGAUUAUUAAAAGCACUACCCUACAUUCCAUAAAGCUUAAAAGGAAUAUUAAUACUGUAUGUAUUGUCAGCUAAAGCUUGGCCAAUGUUCAUUAAUAUAUUGUAGCUGCUUUAAUCAGAUCCUUAAUUGUCUAAAACUUUGAGUAGAAAUAUUAUUUGAAAACAUAAGAUUCUAUAUUUUGAGGGCUAAAGGACUUGGAAUAGAAAUGAAAUGCUUGAACUACAAAGCAUGUCAUUAUAUUGUUAAAGUUAGCUUCAGGUCUGAACUACAGUGAUGGUGUUCUGGUUUUGUUUUUUGUAUGCACAGAAACUGUUUCCUUGUUUCUGUAUGUAAAAGCCUUGUUUUCAGCUCUUUGUUAUUGACAGUACCUGCAGGGCAGGUUAAAUAGUUUGCCCAAAUGACACUGGAACAAGCGAUCAGCUUAGGUCAGUCUGUGGCAAUUGUAUUUGGUUUUGUGCUUAUUUUUGGCAUAACCUUGAGGGUUAUUUUUCCAAUAGUGACAUGUUUAUAUAUUUGGAGGUCAGCACAGAAAAGCGUAUGUACAAAAAUCAAGUUGCAAAUGAAUAUAAUGUGGGAAUAAGGUCAACAAUGCAUGUACUUUAGCUUUGUAUUCUAAUUGAACUGUGCCUACAGCACUCUUGGCUUCAGAGUAGAAAUGAGCUUCAGCUUAGACUUGGUCUUUAGAGAAGUACUAUACCAUAAAUAAGAUUGAGGAGGUUGUAGUUCAGAGAAAAAUCCUGGAAUUGUACAAGCAAGAUAGCAUCUAUAGAACGAAUCUUUCCAAUCAACUUUCACACUGCUGCCCUUGCACAAGUUUGCAUCAUUGUGCUGGUGCACCAAAUGUAGAUAAAUUCUGUAGUUUGCUGCUUUCUGGUCCACUAAAUGCUUUCUUGGAGUGGGCCUAGUGUGAGGUUCCAACCAUAAACAGUUAUUUUCUCUAUCUUUCCGCCUCUACCUCUGGAGAUAGUCCAUCCAGUAUCUUUUAUAGGCCUACUGAUUCUCAGCUACCUCUUCCCACCCUGUCACUUGUAAAAAUGCCACCCCCUUCUCUGUUCCAUUCUGGAAGAGGAACAAGUGCCACACCUGCCCCAACACCAGCACCUUCACUGCCAUUCAGGCCCCCAGGUGACACUUCACCUGUGAUUCUCUUGGUAUCUAUGUGGCCUCCUGUACAUUUGUGACACCUGACAUAGAUGGGGAGACUGCUCUAUCUGCCUGAAAAAGCUGGUAGCCACCCAUUUCAAUUCCACUUCGCAUUGCGACAUGUCUAUCGCCUCCUCUACUGUUGUGAUGAGGCCACACAAAGGUUGGAGGAGCAACACUUGGUAUUCCAUCUGGGUAGCCUCCAACCUGAUGGUCUGAAUAUCCAUUUCUCAAACUUCUGGUAAUCUUCUUCUCUCUCCCCCCAACCACCCACCUUUUUCCUUACCUGCCCAUCACUCAUCUGCUAGUGCUCCUCCUUACCUUUCUUCCAUGGUUUUCUACCCUCUCCCUAUCAGAUUUCCCCCUCCUCCAGCCCCUUUCAUCAAUUAACUUCCUAGCUCUUUAUUUCAUUCCCCUUCUGGCUUCACCUACCACCUUGUACUACUUGCUCCCCUCCCCCACAUCCUCUCCUUCCUUUCCAGACCUGUUGAUGAAGGGUCUCAGCCCAAACAGCUACUGUUUAUUCCUUUCCAUAGAUGCUGCUGACCAGCUGAGUUGUUCCAGCAUCUGCAGAUUUUCUCAUUUGUGAUGAAUAGUCCUGGAAUGUUUGUCAAUUGAAAUAUUCAAUACAGUAAAAUUUUAACGACUUUGUCUAAAGUAGCACAGAAACAGGUGAAUUUUCCCUACAUAUAUAGGAAAAUCUGCAUAAGUUUACAUUGUCAAAUGUAAUAAUAGUUAACAAUCUAUAUAAAAGCCCUGUAUUUUAAAGGGACUUCCUUACAGAACUGAUGCCAUUUAAGAUAUGCUACGAAUUGGGUCAUAUUGCAAUUGGAGAGGUUUUAACUAUCUGCAGUAACAUUAAAAAAAAUCAUGGUUUGAGUUUAUUUGAAAUACAACACAACUAAAAAUAUAUAGUCAAUACAAAGUUGAAAUGUUAAGUGACAUGUAGAUUGAUCUUAAAAGUAUUCAUAUACAGCAACUAAUUAGAUUUAAAUUUGCAUAGAAUUAAUUGAUACUGAUCUUGGCAUUAAAGCUUCAAUAGAAACUUAUCCUUAUUAUAAAUAGUUGUUUUUCCAUCAUGAAGGAUUUCUUAAUUUCCAAUUUACAAGUCAGUACUUUGAAAUCCUCAUCACUUUUGCUAUCUCAUUCCUGGCUGGAGUUUCAAUAAAGUUAACAUCAAAUUUAUAUUAAAGUGAUACUCAUUUCCAAAUUUAAUGUUUAUAAUAAAAUCCACAACCAUUUCCACAAUCACUUCUAGUUUACUAAAUGGCAAAAUUAAAUCUGAUAAAGCAAGGCUAGUCAGCGAUCAGUAUUGAUCUAUCUUUAAAUCUAACAUUAAGUAUAUACACCCUGAAAUUCCAGAAAACAAUUCCAAUACUUAAGUGCAAGUUGCAUUUGUCACUACACAGCGAGUCAUUUAUUUUGUAGAUAGUAUUCUAAAUCAUAUUAUUGACUAGCUUUAUCCUUGUCACUAAGAAAAUUUCUACAGACCAAUUACACAUUAAGACAAAAGCUAGCUUUUUCCUCUUUAAAUAUUUAGUAUACAACAAUAUUUUAAUAUGACACUGAUAUUUACCAUCAAUAUAGGCAAAUCAUUUUGAUGUUUGCAUUCAUCAGCACUAGAUUAUCCACUGAAUCUGUUGAACAUGUCAAAGCUGAGGUAUUAGCCAUGCAAUAAAAGUGAAAAGCUUUACACACACACACCCAUGUUUAUAAUUAUGCGGUGGUCUUCAAAUACUGUUAGCUGAGUUUUAAUCACAA